CUGCGUUUGUGUUUGUUUACAGAGUACACAGAAAACACAGCGCAUCGGCGUCGAUUUGAAUUACAGCUAAUAAACCUCCGCCGCUGAAAAAAAUUGUUUCGCUUCGUUGUUUGUCCACAAAUAAAUUUUGGUUGUUUUUAUUGUUUGAUGUUAAUUAAAUAUGGAAAAUCUGUAUAAGGAUAAAUGUAUUCCCGCAGAAAGUAGAAGCCAGUCAUCAAUACCGAAGCAGCAGGAACGUGCAGCAAACAACAGUUUGGAGAACAACAUGGGGGAAACAAAAGCUGGAAAGACAACAACAACAGAGGAUUGGUCCACUCUUUCGCAAUGGAUUCAAUGCAUGUGUAUUGUAACAUUUGACCUGAAUUUGGGCCAAGCACUUGAAUUUAUAUAUCCCAAAGAAUUUAUGCCCAGCGAACAGGAGGUGACAAACAUUUGUUACAUGGCAUUCCCAGAUUCAAAUUCUGGUUGUAUGGGUGAUACCAAGUUUCAUAUGCGCCUCAGAAUGUCACCAGAUACAAGUCGACUACAGGAACUGCAACAAUUUCGCUGCUACAACAGUGACUGUCCACCCGUUUUGAAGGUCGACCAGUCCCACUACUGGGGAUUUGUGUAUUUUCGCCAAAAGCGAGAUGCCAACUUGCCCCGUGGCUACUUCCAAAAGAGUUUUAUUAUUGUCACCAGAUUACCGUUCUUUAAUUUAUUCUAUGAAAUGCUAACACAAUUGGCACAAAAAUACUUUGACGAAGGCGAAGAGGUCCUCACUAAGGCCUGUCAACAAAUUAACAGUGAUUGGCCACAACUACAAGUUGGCGGAACUUUUAACUUACCUCUAUUCGAUCAGUGUUAUCAAAUUUUAGUGCCCAGAGCAAGUAGUCGAAAAGCUGUCCAGCAAAAUUUUGGCUCGGAAAGUAUAGAAAAAUUGGAGAAGCUAGAACGGCCAAUAUCGGUGAAAGUAAUAGCAUCGGUAAAUGAGGUUGAACUAUUUCACAGUCUAAGCUUCAUUGUGGAUCAUAUGUACACGCUGUGGGAGCUGGUAUUAACGGCAGAGCCCAUAGUUGUGGUCGGUACAUCGCCUGCAGAUUGUUCACAUAUGGUUCAGACAUUGGUAGCGUUAAUAGCUCCUUUGGAAUAUUGUGCUGAGGCAAGACCUUAUUUUACAAUACACGACAGUGAAUUCAAAGAGUUUACCAGAGAAUGUGGAAAAAUCCCCCCACCCUUAAUUUUGGGAGUAACAAAUCCAUUUUUUAUUAAACUGCUCAAGGAUUGGCCGCACAUGCUGCGGUUAGUUGAUAAUCAGCUAAACAUGCAAAAGCAACAACAAAUUGCCAUUAAAAACUCCCGCAACACAUCUUCCGUAACAUCCUUGAACAGCGUUGGUGGCCUAAAAACUGGAAAUGGAAAUUCCACAUCACUAAACGGCAGCAAUGGUGAGGGCUCUGCUCCUGGUCUCUACACCAAAUAUAAACCAUUUUUGAAGAAGGAUAAAUCCCUUAUUAAGAAAGUUUUACUGGGUCUCAAAACAAAAAGACCAGAACAUGUACAAACUGCACUGUUACGUAGGCACCUCUUAGAAUUAACACAAAGUUUUAUGAUACCUUUGGAGCGUUACAUGGCCUCACUAAUGCCAUUACAAAAGGAUAUAAGUCCAUUUAAAUCAGCGCCAAAUGCAAAUGCUUUUAAACUUGAUGAUUUUCUUGCUACACUAGAACUUUCCGGACCACACUUAACGUCACCGCUAAAGGGCGAUUGGAAAGGCCUGUAUCGACGUUUUUAUAAUUCACCAAACUUUCGCGGUUGGUAUGAAUCCCGACACAAAGAAUUACAACUUACCCUCCAGGAUUUACAACUACAAGCUUUAUCCGAAGCGAAUUUGGAGCAGUGGGCCCGCGAUAAACAAGAAGUGGAAAUUAUUGACAUGAUAUUAAAAUUGAAACAAAAAUUGAAUCUCUAUAAUGAUAAGUUAUCAACUGAAUCUAGCUCAUGGAUUGGCAGCAAUGGCAAUACAGCAACAACUACACGUGAUCAAAUAAGAGCUCAGAUAAAUUGUAUGAAAGAGCUGCUACCGAACGAUUUAAAAAAUGUCGUUAAUAUAUGAUAAAUGAAUGAACGAUGUUGAGGAAUUAAAAUUCGUGGAAUGGUAGUUUUAGUGGGAUUAGAAAGUUUUGAUUUUAGAGAGAGUAAUUGAGGUUUACAACAUCAUAUGAAGUCCUAUGUCAUCGAUCAAAUUGUACAACAUUUUCCCAUUAAGAUAACACUUAGAUGUUAUAGUAACUGUUAUCAUAAAAUAUUUGAAUUUGUAAUUAUUUGACAGAGCUUUAGAUUUGUAGGGUGUUUUGAAAUCGAAUUUAUUACCUCAACAGUUUAAUCUCUCGCAAAUGAUUUUCAAAACUAACGACUCUUUCCAAGGAUAUUAAUGUUCCCUAUUAAAAUCCAAUCCAUUUAUUUUAAAUUUGUUAUAUAAAUGUGUGCAUGUGUUUAUCAAUGUAGGAUUACGUUAGUUGUAAGUAAUAAUAUAAAGAAUUGAAUCAUGAUCUAGAUAAAUGUCGAAUUGUUUAAUUUAAGUUGUAUAAUAUAUUCUUAAGAUAAUUAUCUAUAAUUAUUACUAAAUUGUAAUAUUUUAAGCAGGUAUAUAAUCCAAUAAAAUAGAAUAAUUUGUGUUAAACUCUAUUC